AUGAGCAGCCUCCCGGCUAGGGCAAACGAAAGCCCAUCCUGCGACUUCUGGUCUCAGACUCAGACCACGUCAUAUCCUACGCAGACCAAAAUAAUAUCUACCGUUGCCUUGCUGGUAUUGGGAUACUAUGCUCUAUCCUUCUUUGACGCCUGGCCGUCCACCUUCAAGCGAUCCAUCUACGAAUUGAUUCUAUACGUUUUACCGUCUCCUCUCAUUUACGCCAUACAAUAUGGCUUGGUCCGUCUUGGGCACCUGAGUCCGGAAGACGCAAGAUUUAAGUCGGCCAAUUUCGGAGACAUGGUUGCAAAACAAGAAGCCGUGCGGAGCAUAUUUGGACAGCCACAACUGCCUCUGGCGCUGCGGAAGGUUAGGACUCUUUCAGGCCCCUUGAUGUCCUUGGGCAGUGCUAGUGGGCCGCCCGGUCUGGGAAACUGGGACAAUUCCUGCUAUCAGAACAGUGUCCUCCAAGGGCUCGCCUCUCUGCCAGCAUUUUUCGAGUACAUGGUGGAGAGUGAGAAGUUGUGCGAUACAUAUGACAUACCUGCGCCCACGCACCGAGCCCUGGUCGCUUUUCUCGAGCAGUUGGCGGAUUCGAGUUGUCGGACGACCGUUCUUUGGACGCCCAGAGUGCUGAAAUCGAUGGAUAGUUGGCAGCAGCAGGAUGCGCAAGAAUAUUUCGCUCGGGUUCUUGAAGCGGUCGAGAAGGAGGACAAGCAGUAUUCAAAGCGCUUGAGACGUUCUACCACCGCUGGGCUUCAGUGUCAGGAAACAGCGGGGACAUCGGACGCCACCACCCAGGGGUUCUCGGAGGGGCAUACCUCAGUAGGGCGAGGACGCAGUGUCGGUCGCGCCGAUUCUCUAUCAAACUUACCACGCCACGAAUUGCGCAAUCCCAUCGAAGGCAUGACCGCACAGUGCCUCGUCUGUGAGACUUGCGGCUUUACCGAAGGUCUCUCCCUCACCCAGUUCAAUUGUCUGACAUUGAAUCUCGGGCUCCAACGUGAAAGCAAUGUCAAGACCCUGCUCGACGAAUUCACGGCACCAGAGGACAUUGAGGGUGUCGAGUGUGAGAACUGCACACGACUAGCGCGGGCUGAUACGUUCACCAAAGCCACAGAGGAUUCCAACAAGGAAGCAGGGGCAUCGAGCAACGACGCUGAAAAGAAGAUUCAACCCAUCUUGCGCACCAAAGCAAAACAGAUCACUGUCGGACGCUUACCCAAGGACCUGGUUUUGCACAUCAACCGAAGCAUUUUCGAUAACUACGGGAAUCAACUGAAGAAUACGGCACCGGUCAGCUUUCCGGCAAGAUUAGACUUUUUGAGUAGAUGGUGUGCUCCACUUGACGAUAAAGAUAAUGCUGUCGAGGCCGUUUACGAGCUGAAAUGCGUUGUCACACAUUACGGUAGCCACCAUGAUGGCCACUAUAUUGCAGUGGGGAAGCGAGAUAAGGACUGGUUUUCCUUCAACGACGAGCGAGUGACCAAGAUAUCCGAGGACGAAGUGCUGGCCCGGGGAAAUGCUUUCAUGCUCUUUUACGAAGUCGUGUCCUCCCUGCCUUCACCAAAACCACACAAGGAGGCUGCAGUCCAGGAGGUGGCGUCUCUUAAGGGGCUCGACUUGGAGGAGGUCGAGGCUGGGUUUCCGCAGAAUCACCAAGGGCCAGUCCAGGACCAGAUGGACGCACCGGAAGAUAUAGUUGCUCAAUUUUCCGAUGACGAUGGACUUGGGUCAGCCGCUGACACUGCCAUAUACAGCGACGUUUCGCCAGACACGACACCUGCGUCGUCUGAGAGCAGCUCGCCUUCCAAGGCUCCGGCUGACGACCAUGACCAGCAAAAUGGGUUGGUAUUCCCCGCCAUGAAGACGGCCACAGACAUACCGGACCAUGCUCAAGACGCGCAUGCCAGAGGAUCACCCGUUGUAUCCGUACUUUGA